CGUGCGGUCGUUACCUCCUCUCUUCUGCCUUCUCUGUUUGUGUCUCAGAACGGCAGCGACACUUGCUUUUGUGGCUGGCUGCCGACGCCGGCCUCUCACGCGCGCUGGCCAUCGCCUUUUGCAUUCCGAGUUAUUUACCUUGCUCGCUUGAAACAUCGAAACACGCCCGGCGCCUGUUUCCUCGAAGAACUCUUCCGGCAGAUCGCCGCGCGCCGGCUGCGGCCUCUUUAGCGACUUGAACUUGACCCGGACCCUCCGAGUUGUGAUUCUACCGUCUCCGAAAACGCCGCCAAAAUGCCGCCCUCACUCAACACCCACGCCUCCUUCACCCGCCCGCGGACUGGCGACCGCGAAGGCCGCCCCGUCACCCGCGACCAGGCCGAUGGCAACCUCAUCAUCCCGAGCCGGACCUCGUCUCUCCACUCGCGCAUCACCCAGCCGAUUCCCUCCACCCUCAACAUGAAGCCCCAGCAGCGCCAUCCCAAAACCCUCACCCACGCCUACAUGGUCUGUGGCGUGGGCCGCGAGCCCUCGCAGUGGGUGAAGGCUCCGCCGCCCGUUCAGGGCAAGAUUGGCCACAUGAAGGGCGCUGUGCCCCAGUUCUGGCUUCCCGAGAUUCUCGGGAGCAGCCCGAGGCUGGAGCAGGACAAUGAGAUCGCUCGGGCGCUACACGCCGCCAUGAGGGCCUGCUUCCCCCACGACGUCGAGAUUUGCACUGGCCGCAGUCAGCCGCACUGCGUCCACCACGCCUUCGUACUACAGCAGGACUCCUCCCAUACGCUCUACGGCAUCUGCCUGCGCGUCUGGUCGCGCGCCGACGAGAAGCGCGCCGAGACCAUCCGCGAGCUCAGGAAGCGCACCGAGCCCGACUUCUACGACAACCCGGAGGAGCAGUACUGGAUCCCCUACUGCCUGUCCUUCCUCUCCCGCUACCCGCUCUACAACCUGCUCGGCGACUACCUGCGCGGCAUGUGGAUCCACUGGAACAAGGCCACCAACCUGUUCCACGCCGAGGAGGUGUCCCGCAUCCUGAGCUUCCCCGCCCCUCGCCUGACCGACCUGGUUCGCAUCGACAUGAAGGACUACGCGCUCUGCUACCAGUUCCCCUCGACGCCUACUGGGUUCCAGAACUUCGCCCUCUGGCCGCUCUUCUGCUGUCUCUCCAUCCCCAACAUCGUCGGCGUCAUCGAGGCCGCCAUCUCCCCCACCCGCCGUAUCAUCUUUGUCAGCCACUACCCCGCCAUGCUGACCAUGGCUGCCGAGACGGUCCGCUUCUGCGUCCGCGUCUACGAGUGGAGCGGUCUCUACGUGCCCAUUGUCCACGCCCGCCACGCCAAGGACCUCGUCGAGGAACCCGGCCCGUACAUCCUGGGCAUCACGGCCGAGUGCAGAUCGCUCUUCACCGCGCCCAACGAUGCCUUGGUUGUCGACCUCGACCGCAACUUCGUUCUUACUUCGAACCCGCCGACCGCGCUCACGCCCAGCCAGCGCAACAAGUUUGUGACGAGGCUCACCCAGGCCCUGAACGGCGAUGUGACGCCUUCGGGCGUGCCGCAGCAUCUGCGGUCUGCGUACGGUGGAGGAAAGCUGGUCCCGGCUGGUCAGAUCAUCGUUAUGCGUGGCGAGGUGGAGUCGAUUCAGGACCCCGAGUGGUGGAACCAGGACGCCGUCAUGGCCGUCAUGGACCAUGUCUGCGAGAAGAUGCUCCGCAACACUGGCUUGAAGGCCGUCUUUGGCGGGUCAGUUAAGAAGCCGCUGAUGACCAAGGUCUCGAUGAGGCAUCUGAAUGAAAUCGUGCGCGAGCGGAACCAGUACUCGAGGGAUGCUCUGGAGGCCUGGCAGGAUUUCAUCAACCUCAAGGGCCGCAUGGACACGGAGCUCAGCAAGGUUACCAAGCGCAACAACUAUCUCAAUGAGGAACUCGAGAGCUGGAAGCAGCAGUUCCUCAAAUUCCAAGCCUUUGCCGAUACGCUCACCAAGGAGACGCAGGAGCUCAAGGUGAAGAUCGAGAACCACAAGCGCGAGAACCGCCGUCUGGCCGGUCUCAUCGACCAGCAGAAGGAGGAUGCCGCGCGGCUCUCGAACCGCCUGGCCGGCACCGAGAAGCAGCGCGACGACGCCCUGGAGGCCCUCGUUCUCCAGCAAGAAAUCGCCGAGGAGCUCGAGCGCGAACGCAAGAGGAAUCGGAAGGAGCUCAGCGCCCUGCAGCACACCAACGUCACCAUUGUCAGGCAACGCGACGAGGCCCGCCGCGUGGUGCUGCAUCUGCGCAGCCUGAUCGCCGGCCAGCACCAUCACAUGGAGCACCUCGUCAAGACGCUGACCUCCCCCGAGGAGCUCGCCGCCGAGAUCGAGGCCGGCUUUGCCGCCCAGGAGGAGGCCGAGGCCGCUGCUGCUGAGCAAGAGGGCGCCGAGGAGAGCGACGCGCGCUUCAUCAAGAACCUCACGCUGGCGAGCCGGCGCAUCUCCACGCAGACGUUCAUCGACGUGGCGGACCGGCACCUGAAGGACAAGACGGACGCCAUCGCCCACAUCAUCCGCAACAUCGCGGAACAGUGCCAGGCCGCUGUCGAAGGCCUACAACUCGCCCAGGACGCCGAGCUCGGGCGGCCGCACUCGCCGGCCGCCAGGGCUCGGGAGUUGUCAAAAAGCAGGAGGGGGAGUUCUCUCUCCGUCGCCCCCAGCGACGACGGCGCCGCGUCGUCGACCGCGGCGUCCGAUGUCGGUGACGAUAGCAGCACCCUCCUCCGACCGAACAGCGGCCGCAUCUCCAGCAUCCCGCCCACACCGGAUCUCAUUCCCAACCGCAGCAGCACUAGCAUGUCUAUCGCGAGCACCACCACGGCCACGACCCCGGAGCGAACCUCCCAGCAGUACGGCCUCCACGGCCACGCCUUCGCCAGCCACGACAUCCCCACCAAGAUCGUCGAGGACGACGAGGACGUCGCUGACCUCGCCCGCGCCGACGACCGGCCCGGACACCCCGACCACCCCGACGACGACAGCAACCCCAUCCCCGCGCCCCCGCAGGAUCAGGGUCUCGUGGGCAAGCAGCCCGCCGUCGAGAGCCUGAUCCACCGCCCCUCGGGCGCCCGCAUCAGCGCGCUCGGCACCUCGCGCUAAAUUAUUUUCUUCCCCAUUGCCCCGUCCCGUGAUGAUGAGUCGGUCGGAAGAAAAAAAAAAAGGAGGGGGAGCGCUUGGGAGCGGGUGAGAUCAGCAGAGCGAGCAGU